AUGACCCGCCGCCGCGCGCUGCUCGCCUGGGCCCUCCUCGCCGUCCUCGGCCUCGGAGCGGCUCAGGAAGCCUCGGUAAGCUGCAUCCCCAUCGUGCCCCGCAGAGAGUGGAGGGCCCUGGCGUCCGAGCGCAGCCAGCGCCUAAGACGGCCCGUGCGCUACGCGGUGGUGUCGCACGCAGCAGGCAGCGCCUGCGACACCCCGGCCUCUUGCCUGAAGCAGGUCCAGAACGUGCAGCACUACCACGUGCGGACGCUGGGCGGGUGCGACGUGGGCUACAACUUCCUGAUGGGAGAAGACAGGCUCCAGUAUGAGGGCCGGGGCUGGAACACCUUGGGCGCCCACUCAGGUCCCACCUGGAACCCCAUACCCCUCGGCAUCUCCUUCAUGGGUAACUACAUGGAUCGGGUGCCCCCGCCCCACGCCAUCAGGGCAGCCCAGAGUCUGCUGGCUUUCGGUGUGGCUCAGGGAUUCUUGACUCCUAGCUACGAGGUCAAAGGACACCGGGAUGUGUAACAGAUGCUCUCUCCAGGCAACCAGCUCUACGAAAUCAUCCAGCAAUGGUCACACUACCACCGCGUGUGA